UAGAUGACAGUACAGACGAAGAGGUCACCCAACACACCAGGACUCUAAUAUGGCAAUUGCUUGGAGGGUUUUUGUUCCCUGACACGAGUGGGGCAAGAAUACGAUUGUACUUUUUGGAGGUCUUGCAGGGUGACUUGGCUUUAGCCCGUCGCUGGAGUUGGGGAUCAGCGGUUCUCGGGUACCUCUACCAUAACUUGUGCAACGGCGCGAUGUGGGAAACCAAACAAGUUGGCGGUUGUAUGCACUUGUUACAGAUUUGGGCUUGGUCGAGGAUUUCGAUGGUACGUCCCUCAGCACUUCAGGUCAUUCAACAUGGCCAUCUUCCAUAUGGCCGAAAUGCAUUACCCGGAUCGAUUUCUUCGGCAGUUCGGUAUAAGGCAAGACAUUCCGAAUGCUCCUUUGCCGGGUACUGGUCAUCACGGAUCUCGUUCCAACAUAGUAAUCGGUGCCUUGGCGAUGUGGGCGGACAUACAACAUAAUAUAUACGUUCUUGAUUAUGAUCGAUAUAUGUCCCUCGAAGCAACUAAAAGGUACCGAAACUGGUACAAGAAGCAUGGUAUGACACGUGUCCAGAACCCUUCUCACAAUGUGCCCACGACAGGCUACACCCCGACAGCACACGAUUGGGGUAUUGUGGUAAGUUUUUGAAUACAUACCAUAUUCGCUACCAUAUAUCGUGUCAUAUUAUUUACACGUGUUACAUUUUUAUGUAGAAGCAAGGCGUUCACGAGGUGUAUCAGCUCUUAGCCGACCGCGCGAGUUAUGAGGAUUGUCAAAAACGACUACGGCAGAUGGCCCUGGAUGUAGGUGAUGAAGAUAUGCUCCACCGGGGCAUAUUCCACUAUGAAGAUGAAGAUGCAGGUGGAAGUAACGAAGAGG